AAGUCGGGCGACCCUGAGCGCCAUUCAAUCAAUAAACUACCUUCGAGAGUUGAGAUGAAAACGUGUUUUGUAUAAAGUGAUAUUACAAAAAAAAAGUUACACCUUCUUAGAAAAAAGAUGAAAUUCUCCUAUAAGUUUAGUAAUUUACUUGGCACAGUUUAUCGAAAAGGGGAUUUACUCUUUUCUCCAGAUGGUUCAUCAGUCAUUAGCCCUGUGGGCAAUAGAAUCACAAUUUAUGACUUGAAGAAUAAUAAAUCCACAACACUUCCUGUGGAAAGUAGAUUUAAUUAUGUUACCAUUGAUAUAUCACCAAAUGGUGGCAUGUUGGUUGCAGUUAAUGCGGAUGGUGAAAUUCAUGUAAUAAGCAUGAUAAGCAAGGUUAUUUUACAUAAAUACAGGCUCAAAGGACAUCCGAAACGUGUAAAAUUUUCUCGAGAUGGGAAACAUUUUGCAGUUUGCAAAGGAGGUGGUGUUUUUGUCUUUAAUGCACCUCGCUUACAAUGUGGAGACUAUAAUCCAUUUGUUAUGACACGUGCGUUCCAUGAGUCUACUGCAGAAACAACAUGCCUCAAUUGGUCUUUUGACUCAAAACUAUUAGCAGUUGGUUCCAAAGAUACUACUGUAAAAAUCUAUAGUUUACAAAAAUGGGCAAAUUUUAGAGUAACUACAUUGGGUUGUCAUUCAGAUGUAAUUGUAGGGUGCUUCUUUGAGAGUAAAAAUUAUGACAUCUAUACUAUCAGCAAAAAUGGCCGGAUUUGUAUCUGGCAAUGCACAAUUGAUCCAGAUGAUUUAGUUGAGUGGAAACCACCUGUGAAAAAAAGAAAGCCUAUCGAUAGUGACAGUGAAGAUGAUAUUGAUACAAGAAAAGCUAUAGAAAAGCCAAAGGCCCAUAUUUUAAAAAAUAAUUUUACAGAAUCAGAGAAUCUGCCACAAGAUAACGCUGUAGAAGAGGUAAAUGCUAUAGAAGAAGAUAUUGUAGAAGAAAAUAAUAUUGAAAUUAAAAGAUUAGGUUACAAGAAAUUAGCACGCCAUUACUUAGCAGAUGAACCUCGAAAGCAUUAUAAGGAUGCAAAGCUUACUGCAGCAACUUAUCAUUGUGACACUCAUAUGUUGGUUGUUGGAUUCAAUAAUGGCUCGUUUUAUUUAUAUGAAAUGCCCGAUGUCAACAUGAUUCAUUCAUUAAGUAUUUCUCGACAGCGUAUUUCAUCAGUCGCUUUAAAUUCUACCGGUGACUGGAUAGCUGUAGGAUGCUCUCACGCUGGUCAGUUAUUAGUUUGGGAAUGGCAAAGCGAGACGUAUGCUAUGAAGCAGCAAGGACAUCGAACUGACAUAAAUUGUCUAGCAUACAGUCCGGAUGGCCAAUACAUCGUCACCGGUGGCGACGAUGGGAAGAUGAAAUUGUGGAAUACAAUGACUGGAUUUUGCACGCUCACGUUUCACGAACACACCUCGUCAGUAUCAAGCGUUCUCUUCAGCCAUAAUCGUAAAUUCAUCGCAUCUGCUUCGCUGGAUGGAACCGUUCGCGCAUACGAUCUAGUGAGGUACAGAAAUUUUCGUACUCUCACCUCGCCACGGCCGGUGCAAUUUUCCUGCAUGGCGAUCGAUGCGAGCGACGAGUUUCUCGCGGCAGGCGGUCAAGAUUUCUUCGAAAUAUUCUUGUGGAGCAUGAAACUUGGGACUCUCUUAGAGGUAUUAGGCGGUCAUGAAGGACCCGUAGCGAGUCUGGCCUUCAAUCCCAAUGUCACUAGCACAGAAUUGGCAUCUGUAUCCUGGGAUAAAACACUGAAAAUAUGGAAUGCUAUUGAGAAUGGCUCCGCACAUGAAACGAUACAGUUAACUGCUGAUGCAUUGUACGUAACUUACAAACCGAACGGGGAAGAAGUUGCGGUUGCCACGUUGGACGGACAAAUUUCGUUUUUCAAUUGUAAAACUGCGACACAAAGAGCUUAUAUCGAGGGCAGGAAUGAUUUAGGCGCUGGUAGAACCAAAACUGAUCUCAUCACGGCAAAAAAGAAUUUACAGGGAAAAGCUUUCACUAGCUUAUGUUACUCAGCUGAUGGUAUAUGCAUAUUAGCCGGUGGCCGUUCGAAAAAUGUAUGCAUUUAUAAUACUGAAGUAUGUACGUUGUUGAAGAAAUUUGAGAUCACUCAGAACAGAUCGCUGGAUGGGGUGGAUGAAGUUAUAAACAGAAGAUACAUGUCUGAAUUUGGAAACAAGGCUUUAAUUGAAUAUCGCGAGGGUGGGAAUAUAUCAUUACGUUUGCCAGGUGUCAAAACUGGUGAUAUGGCAAGCAGAAGGGUUAAACCAGAAGUGAGAGUACUCAGUUUACAAUUUUCUCCUACAGGACAAGCGUGGGCUGCAGCGACAACAGAAGGUUUAUUGAUAUAUUCGUUGGAUGUCGGAUUGAUGUUCGAUCCUUUUCAGUUGGAACUUGGAAUUACACCAGACACAGCAAGAGAAAUGCUUGAGAAGCAAGAGUAUGCGAAAGCACUGAUGAUGGCGUUGAAAUUAAACGAGAAGUUACUGACGCAACAAAUUUUGGAGACUAUUCCAUACAAAGAUAUUGGAUUGACGACGACGAGUAUGCCAGAUAUUUACAUAGAGAAGCUAUUGAAAUUUAUAGCGUCCGAAUUGGAACCCACCAGACAUAUACAUUUUUAUCUGCUCUGGAUAGAAACAAUCCUGACGAAACGUGGGUCGCAGAUUAAUGCUGCACUUCAAAUGCCAGUGUUGUUGAUGUUGCAGAAAAAUAUGCAGAAGAAAUACGACGACUUGAGUAAAAUAUGCGAUUUUAACCAAUAUACGUUAAAUUACAUACUGAACGUGGGAGAACUGAAAUUGACGGACAAGUUAUCCAAACAUGCAUCAGAUAAAAAUGAGUUGAAUGAUGAUGACGAUUCGGUUAAUCAUGUAACUGAACCGUGGCAAGAUUCUUCUACAGAUGUAGAAAAUUCGAGCGAAGAAGAAGAAGAAAAGGAAGUGACCGCAAAAUUUGGAGGGUAUACCGAUUACAGAAUAACACGUACGGAAUGUGCUAAUGUUGCAACGGUUUCUAAAUAGGACUUGUCUCGUUCAUUAUGGCGCCUUCUUCAGCAACACUAUCGGCCAAUAUGUAACGACGAAAAGC